AUGUACUCCGUUACGCUUGGUGUUGUGUUGCUGCUCGUGGCGGGAGCUUAUGCUCAGAGUGAAUGUCCGAGUGGGUAUGAGCUUUUCGAUGGAAGAUGCUACAUGGUGUCCGAGGAAGGUACGUGCUGGGAGGAAGCCAAAGCGCGAUGUGAGAGCUCUGGCGGCAUUCUAGCCAUCCCUGGGAGUCAAGAAGAGCUGUCAAGCAUCUUAGCAGUGGUAUCUCAACAUCUCGGUCCUGAAGCGUUCACCGUCUGGCUUGGUUUCACAGACAAGAUCAAUGAGGGCGUCUUCUUGGAUGUCAAUGGCAAUGCUAUGGUGUUUGAUUCUUUUUUUCCUGGGGAACCCAACGAUAACAAUGGGGAAGAUUGUGUCGGGAUGUACCCAAGUGGCAAGAUGAAUGAUCUCCCUUGCGAGUAUAUCACUACCAGUUUCAUUUGCACUGCUGGUGCACCAGGUAACACAAACCUUACUUAA